AUGCUCUCAUGGUCACCGGCGGAGCGCCGUCGUAAGUUAUUGAUGCAUCUGACUGGUGCGGCUUAUAAGCUUAUAUCUCGUAUGAUCUUUCCUCCUGGUGUUACAGAUGAGGAAGCUGAGAGAAUGAUCAUAGAGAAGCUACAGUUGGUAUAUGGCGCCACUGAGCGCAAAGCUUUUCAAAAGCUUAUUGCUUUAACUUUUCAACCUGGUAAAGCAAAUGCUAAUAUUGAUCUUCAUGCCGCUGAGAUUCGUGAGCUUGUUGCCAUCUCUCUGCCCAAACUUGAUAGUUUGGCAUCAGAGAUUGUUGCAUGCAAGUUCUUUUAG